AUGGCGCUCUCGAGCUUGCAGCCACGCCUGGUGCAUGGAGGGUUCAGUCUCCCCACCGCAGUCACACCACGCCCCAGACAGAGGAACGUGCAGACCACCGCGUUAUUCUCAUUCCUGAAGCUAGGGUCCAAGACAGCCACGAAGCCCAAGUACGAGACGGUCAUCCCCGAGACGAGCUACGCCAUUCCUGCUGUACUCCUAGGCGAGGACAUGGGGUGGGGGCGACGGGUGUUUCUCAGUUUGGGCCUCCUGGGUGCCUUUCUGGCCGUGCAAGCCUCUCGCGUCAAGUUUGUCUUUGACGAAGACGCCCUGGAGGUGCUCACCGGGAAGGACGAGGAAGAAUCAGAGAAUGCGUUUGUGGGUGGACGUAACCGCUGGAGCUACGACAGCAUCAUCAACUGGGAGUUUUGGUUUCCGUCCUUCCCCAUCCUGGUUUACUUCAAGGAAGACCAGACGCGUCCAGAGGGACAGAUCCACUUCUUCCCCGUCCUCUUCAACGGCAAGCAGCUGUUUGAGGUGAUGAGCGAGCGCUUCAACAAGCCCGAGUCUGACUGA